ACCCACAACGAUUAAACAAUUUACAGGAAAUUGGACAAGUAAUUUUACCAAAAGUUUCAAUACCAUAUAAACAGUCUGAUGAAAUUUUGGAAAUUCUUAAACAUAGACAAAUAGAACUCAAUGAGAACAAAAUAUCAAUUAAAGGAAAUGUUGGAGAAAAAAAUUUAAAUCCUAGUGAAUGGACACCGGAAAAGUUGGCUUUUCAAUAUAAUUUAGAUGUUUCAACUAUUAAAAUUUUGUUGAAGCAUAUAAACACUUUUAUGUAA